AAUCUUAAAGAUGUUCUUCAACUCCCUGAAGAACAGCCCUAUAUUAGCCAAAUUGAGGGUGCUAUUAGAGAGCUGAGAUAUUCAAUUAAAGAACUAAAAGGAUCAACUGAAUACUCUUUUGCAAAAAUUGAGGAGAGGUUUAGAACCUCUCUUACCUCUCUUACACGAAUUGAAGAGGCUAUUAAAGCUGAAAAAAAUUAG